AUGGUGACCCAAAAAGCUGUCGUGAUUACCGCUCCCAAACAGGCCGAGGUGGUCGCUGACAAACCCGUCCCUGCUUUACGCGACGAUUACAUCCUUGUGAAAACCAUCUGCGUAGCCAUAAACCCUACGGACUGGAAACAUAUCGAUUAUUUAGCUCCCCCAGGAGUCCUCGUGGGAUGUGACUACGCAGGCAUCGUGCAGGAAGUUGGCAAGAAUGUCAAAAAGCCAUUUAAAAAGGGAGACCGUGUAUGCGGUUUCGUCCACGGCUCCAACACUGUCCAGCCCGAAGAUGGUGCCUUUGCAGAGUAUAUUGUGGCCAAGGGAGAUCUUCAGAUGAAAAUCCCGGAUUACCUUACUUUCCAGGAGGCUACAACCUUAGGGCUAGGUGUUACGACCGCAGGGCAAGGGCUUUAUCAAGGCCUCAAGCUGGCGCUACCUACCAACCCAAUCAAAGAAGCCCAGCCUAUUUUGAUCUACGGAGGGUCAACAGCCACUGGCACUCUGGCAAUCCAGUUUGCCAAGAUUUCUGGCUACAAAGUACUCACGACAUGUUCGCCGCGCAAUUUUGAUCAAGUCAAGCGGCUUGGGGCCGACGCUGUCUUUGAUUAUCGUGAUCCGGGUUCUGCCGACAGAAUCAAGGAGCUUACGAAUGACAACUUGAAGCUUGUAUUCGAUACAAUCUCAUCGGAAGAUAGUGCCAGAUACUGUGAUCGGGCGAUAUCCUCUGGAGGAGGUGACUAUAGCGCCCUUCUGCCGUUAGCGAUUGAGCGGCCGAAGAACGUCAAUCAUGGGGCGACGAUGGCGUAUACUGCUUUUGGUGAGGGUUUCCAAUUCGGCCCAAGAGCUAUUCCCCCGAAGGCAGAAGACUACACGUUUGCGGAGAAUUUCUGUACAGUGGUGGAGAGGUUGUUAGCAGAAAAAAGGCUCAGUGUACACCCUCCCAAGAUGUGUCCUGCUGGCCUUAAUGGUACCUUGGAAGGUUUAAUUUCCAUGAGGGAAGGAAAGGUUAGUGGGGAGAAGCUUGUGCAUAAUAUCGCAGAUACUCCGUGA